AUGCAAAAAACGGAUUCGGGUUUUUAUGUUAUCGAUGUUUUACCACUACAUAAUACUAGCAAACGUCCAUUCCAUCUCGAGAAAAGGAUGAAAUCCAAGAAAUCCUUUUCCUCAUAUAAACAUGGUCAUGGUGAUGAUAAACUUAUGCAAUAUAGCCCAUAUGAUGCUCAAAUUAAAAGAGAGGCUAUCCUUGAACAAAGGCGUCUUAAGUUAGCACGUCAAUUCUUGCACGUAAAGGAUGUUCUUAUUAAACAACAUCAACGUGCUCUUAGUGAUUCUUCUGCCAAGAGAUCACAAAUUCAACAAACUUUGCGACUCGCCGAGAAGAAUAGGAAUACCAUCCUGCAACGAUUGGUUGAGCAGUGUGCUCAAGAAGUUGCUAGAUGCAAAGAAGUUGCGCGUCAACAACAACUUAAAAACCAAGAGGAAAUUGAUAGGCGUCGUGCUGAUUUGGAGCGGCGCCAAAGGGCUACUGCUGCUCGUCGUGCCAGACUCCUUACAGUGCCAAAAUCUCGUAUUUUCUCUAGCGAGAUGACUAUCCCUCCUACUCGUGAUGAAGCCGCUGUUAUUAUUCAAAACCAUUGGCGUUACAGAAAAUUCUCUAAAGUUAUCAAAACUUAUCGUAGCUUUGAUAUUUCUGUUCGCACCAUUGAAAACAUGUCUUUCCAUGACACCGUAGGAUUGUUACAAAAACCGGCAGUUAUUCAAGCCACUAGUAAAUUAUUACACGAGGUUUUAAAAGCUUCCCCUUUAACAUGUGAUACGAAAAAGUAUAAAAAUCCUGCUAGAGUGUUUUUAAGUGCUUACAUGAUCGUGUCCCAUACCAAGGAAAUUAUUGUCGAUAUCGGUCAUCAUGAAAGGUUUAUUUAUUUACGUCUUGGUAGAUAUGAUAAUGGAUUUAAUAUAGGUAGACUUUUAAAUCUCUUGACUUCAGCCAAGAUUAUGUUAAAAGAAAUUGAACAAUGGUUCUAUGAAAUAAGCAAUGAUGGACCAAAUAAAAUUCAUUAUGGUCAUCUCCUCAGCUUUCUUUCUGCGUGGGAUACCUAUUAUAACGAUUUCAAUACUUGGAAAUCCAAGGAUAGCCAAAAACUCGCUAGUAAUCUUAUCGCACAUUACAUGGAACUUGAAAAAUUGUGGAAUACAGUUAAAACACAGGCUAAUGCAGAAACCGAGUGGAGAAUGAAUAUUGUAUAUCAACAAGAUGAGAUCAGACGUAAAGUUAGGAACUUGGGUGGAGUUGAGGCGAUUUCCAAAUUGGAAAGAGUAUUGAGAAGAUUGAAAGAGAAACUUCCAAAUGAAAAUGGCGAAGAAACUGGUACAUCAGAUUCUGUUGCUGGAGCUAAUAAUGAAGGGACUGAAGUGAUCAAAGAACAAGAUUUGUUGAGUUCUCCACCGCGACAAAAAUUUGUUCCUUCUGCUUUGGCCACUAAUGUUUCUAAUAAAUUGGCACAGAAUUUAUCUCCAUCAAUUUCCAAAUCAUCAUCGUCUACGACUUCUUAUUUUACGUUUUCUCCUAGUACUAGUCCUCCAGUUUCUCCGUCGCAAUCUUCGGCGAAUGCAGAUCUUCAUCGUAUCAUGCAAAGUUUGGGUGCUCAUGAAGGGUACGGUCUGACAAAUGAGCAACUUGCACAUGAAAUUAUUAUUGAUCCCGAAUUUGAGCUACAACCUCCAAAGAGGACGGAAUUAGAAGAACGUGUUAGAUCUAUGGCUACUAAGGCAUUCUUCGAUUCCGCUAGAACAGAUUUUGAAAAGGGAAAAUAUGAUGUUUGGAUUCCUAACCUCCUCGGCGAUAUUAAAGAGCGACUCAUUGAUUUGGUUCCUCCAUCUUCUCCAUUGCAUUCAUCCAUCAAUGAAAUCCUUGAUAUUGAUUUGAUUAAACAACAGACCAAAGCUGGUGUAUAUAAUAUUCGUAAUUGUAUUGUUUAUAUUACCAAUACAAUGUUACAAAUUUGUGCACCUGUCCGAGAUGAGCAAAUUCAAGAACUUAAAUAUGUAAAUGAUCUUGCAGAGAUUUUUAAGCGUAUAUUGGAAAUCAUGGAUCAAAUGAGGUUGGAUCUUACUAACUAUCGAGUUAAGGCAUUUAGGCCUUAUUUGAAAGAACAUGCUGUUGAUUAUGAAAGACGCAAAUUCGAACAAGCGUUGCAAUCAAAUCGUUUAACCCUUAACCAAACUAAAGCUUGGUUAACUCCAACUAUUGAUUCAUUGUUAUGUACAGUUGCAGAACGUAAUCCUGAGAAUAUUUAUCUCCCACAGCAUAAGCAUAAUCAUGGUAUCAAAUUUGAUCAAGUAUAUAAUGAGACAUUUAUCUCAUUUAUUUUCCAACAAUCAAUUAUUAAUAAAAAUAAUUGUCCUGAAACAUUUCUCCUUGAUGUUGAAAGGCUUUGGAACUUUCAAAACGAAUGCCAGGCCAUUACUAUUGUGGCUGCUCUAUUGAUGCUUACCAAGAACGUGGCUAUCAGUCAUGCUAAUGCUUCAUCCAUCGACGAUAACCUUACUAAAUUAAAGGAUACUUUCUUUGUUUUAUUGAUGGAUGGUGAUAUUACUAUCGAUAACUUAUCUGCAGCGAUUUUGGAUUAUCUUCCAUCAUCUCUCUCUUCUGAAACUCAAACCCUUGUUAAAUCAAUGGUUUCUAAGACACUUUCCCAAUCUGACAAAGUUUUUUCAAUCUUAUCUCGUCGAAUUCAAAGUAUUAUUAAGCAACAUCUUCAGACAGGUCAAUUUCCUAAAAGAGAAACAUUGACUCAAUAUGGCGUAUUUAUUGUAGCGAAGGAAUUGGAACUACUAAGUAAGAAAAUUAGUAUUCUAGGAAGAUAUAAUCGUGAAGUUUAUGCUAGUUGGUAUGAUACUGUUAUUAAAGAAUAUUUGGAUGUUCUUAAUGAAGCAAAACAAAAGAGCAACCAAACCAAAAAGGGCAAAUCGAAAAGUAUUGAAUAA